AUGCGAAGUUAUCUAAGUGUGAAUUUUGGAUUUGAAGAGUCGAAUUCUUGGGUCACAUGGUUAGCGAAGAGGAGUAGUGGUAUUUGCUCUGAAGAUCUGGAGACACUACAUGUAUCGUACGAAAAGCACUAUCUUUACAGACCACAAAAGUCUCCAACAUAUAUUCGACCAGAAGGAGCUCAACAUGAGACAACAACGGUGUUCGAGCUAGUAAAUGACUACGAAUUCAAAAUUCGUUAUCAUCACGGUAAAGCUAAUGUAGUAGCUGACGCCCUAAGUCGGAAGGAGUACUCAGGUCGUAGAGUCAAGGCAUUGACUAUGACAAUCCAUUCACAUCUGUCCACACAAAUUAAGGAGGCUCAGCAGGAAGCCUUGAAACCUGAAAAUGUGGCAGGUGAAUCCCUGAGAGGGAUGGAUAAGAACUUAGAAGUCAAGGGUGACAGAGUCUUAUACCUCAUGGAUCGGAUCUGGACACCGAAGUUCGGUGGCUUCAGAGACGUUGUCAUGAAUGAAGCGCACAAUACUCGAUACUCCGUUCAUCCAGGUUCAGACAAGAUGUAUCUGGACCUCAAAAAGGUAUAUUGGUGGCCUAACAUGAAAGCAGAUAUUGCUACCUUUGUAGGCAAGUGUCUUACUUGCACCAAAGUUAAAGUAGAAUAUCAAAAGCCCUCGGGUUUACUACAACAACCGGAGAUACAUGAGUGGAAGUGGGAGCGGAUUACAAUGGAAUUCAUAACUAAGUUGCCUAAGACAACGGGUGGUCUCGAUACCAUUUGGUCACUACAAAAAUCCCUGGGAACUAGAAUGUACAUGAGUACAGCCUACCACCCACACACUGAUGGACAGAGUGAGAGGACGAUACAAACGUUGGAAGACAUGUUGAGAGCUUGUGUGAUCGACUUUGGUAAAGCGUGGGAUAUCCAUUUACCAUUGGUUGAGUUUUCAUGCAACAACAACUACCAUACUAGUAUCAAAGUUGCUCAAUUUGAAGCCCUCUAUGGCCAUAAGUGCAGAUCCCCUCUGUCCUGGGCUGAGGUGGGUGAUACGCAACUAGCUAAAGGAAAAGUUCCUGACAGCACUCUCACUGGUCCGGAAAUCAUCCGGGAAACGAAAGAAAAGAUUGUGCAAAUUCGUGAACGAUUGAAAGCCUCGAGAGAUAGACAGAAAAGCUACGCUGACAAAAGACGUAAACCCUUGGAAUUUCAGGUUGGUGACCUUGUUCUAUUGAAGGUCUCACCCCGGAAGGGCUUGAUCCGCUUUCGAAAGCGUGCUAAACUAAAUCCAAGGUACAUUGGGCCUUUUGAGAUUCUCGCUAGAAUCGGCCGUGUAGCUUACAAACUCCGACUACCAUAG